CCAGCCAGAGAUAAGACAUCUCUCUGGUUCCAGCAAAUUGACAUUUAUUAAUUAUUUUUUACUAGAAACAUUCCAACAAUAAUUUUUGUUUGUUUUUUAAAGUAAUGUACUUUAAAACAUUUUCAUUGAUAUAAAUGUCUGUCAGAAUAUUUCCUAUUAUAUAUUUUCUUCAGUUAUGUAGUCUUAAAACAAAUUUUAUGUGAUUAUAAUGGAUAGUUUAGUAAAUAAUUGUUGUGUGUGCUUAAACAAUUUAUGGCCCUCAAACAAGCUCUCUGAAAAAGACGAAAAUAAAAUAAGUUUGUUAAAUAAAUUAAGAAGCAGUGUGCCAGAAAUUGAUUGGAUUAUCAAUUACCGAAUAUGUGAACCAUGUACAAAUUUACUCACUAUUGUAUACAAUUUCCGAGACACUUGCCUUAAAUCUGAUAACUUAAGAAAAGAACAAGCAUUAAAUCAGGAAUCAAAGAGUAAAGUUAAACAAGAAAUUUUAAAAAAUGAAAAUGUCCUAUAUUUAAAAGAGGACAAUAAAAAUGAUCAAGAACUUAACUGUAAUAGAGUCAGUGAUGAUGGGAAUAAUGCAAUUGAUAGUGAAGAAGAUGAUUAUAAAACAGAUGCUGAUUUUAAUAUUGUUGAAGAUACCAAAAAGCCGGUAAAAAGAAAAAGAAAAUUUGAAUUUCAAUGUGAAAAAUGUACAGCAAAAUUCUCUUCGAGCAAACAUCUGGUAAAACACUGCGUUAGCGAACAUGGUAUGACUUCCAAAGAGGUACGUCCAUUUGUUUGUACAAAAUGUACAAGUCGAUUUGCGAAUUCAUCUAAUUUACUCCAGCAUAUUAAAUAUCAUGAAGCUGUGCGUUCGAACGUUUGUUCGUACUGUGGCAAAGGUUUUAUAACAAAGACUGAUCUGAAAAUUCAUGAAAAACAACACCUCAAUAUGAGAGAAUAUUCCUGUGAAAUUUGUUUGAAAAGCUUCAAUACUCAUAAAGAUUUAAGAUCUCACAAAUUAGUCGUCCACACUGAUCCAGAACUUUGGAAAUACUUGUGCCCAUACUGCAACAAAAAAUUUCCUAUAAAAUCGAAUUAUGACGGGCAUAUGCGACGACACACCGGCGAGAAAAACUUCGAAUGUCAUCUGUGCUACAAAAAAUUUACGGACAAAUGUGUAUUGCAGAGGCACAUGCGCACUCAUUCAAACGUGCGAGAGUUUAGAUGCAGUGAAUGCGAUAAGGAGUAUAAAGAGAAGAGGGUCAUGCAAAUCCAUAUGGCAAAAAUUCAUGGAAUUGGCAUUGGUGAAAUAAAACUACCUACUAAGGAAAGAAAAUAUAUUUGUCACAUAUGUCCGAAGGCCUACUAUGCAAGGAAUAAACUCACAAGGCACUUGUACACACAUUCUGGGGAAAAACCAUUUUUUUGCAGUAUUUGCAAUAAGAAAUUCAAUGACAAAUCGUAUGUUAAGCAACAUAUGAAGAAAACUCAUAACGAAAGUCAGCUGUAGUAUUAUUCAUUUCAAACAG